AUGGGCACCAUCACUUUUCAUGUAGAUGCCGUCUUGUUUGAUAUGGACGGUACUUUGGUAGAUUCGACAGCAGGCGUGAUCGGAGCAUGGGAAACGUUUGCAGAGACAUAUUCCGGCCUAGAUAUCCAAAAGAUCCUGAAAAGUGCACAUGGUGUUAGGACUGUUGACAAUCUGAGGAACUACUGUGGACUUACGUCUGAAGCAGAGCUCAAAAAAGAGGCUGUACGGUUCGAAGAGGCCAUCGUAACCUCCUCCACAGCUAAUGGCAAAAAGGGCAUCACCCUUUUGCCUGGAGUUCGCCCCAUCAUAAAUGAACUUGCUCCCGGGAAAAACAAUCCCAAGCCGUGUUGGGCUAUUGUUACAUCUGCGACCCGUGCUUAUGCAUCAGCUGCUCUAGAGAUUGGUGGAAUCCCGAUCCCAGAUGCCUUUGUGACUGCUGAAGAUGUUACACAAGGAAAACCUUACCCUGACCCAUAUCUUCUUGGUGCACAGAAAUGCGGAGUUUCGCCUGAAAAAUGUCUUGUCGUAGAAGAUGCUCCGUCAGGUGUAGCAAGUGGUCUUUCCGCUGGAUGUGCUGUGAUCGGAUUGAUCACAUCUCACACCAGGGAACAGAUGGAAGUCGAACAUCCAACAUAUAUGGUUGAAAACUUGUCUAGUGUGUUAAUGAAGAUGGGGGAAAAUGGUGGCAUAGAUGUUGUCGUCAACAUAGAUUAGAUGGAUUUCAUGGGCGAAAUAGAGUUCACAAGGCAGAUGUAACUAUUUGGCCCUGAUGCCCGGAUAGUUGAGGAAAAUGAGAAGUCUCACUUCCAACAGCACCGUCGACUUGAAUUCAAUCGACAAUUCACAAAGCGUUCCUUAGCGAGGGGCAGGGUGGGAACGGCCACGAGGCUAUCACAGCAGGUUAUGUAAAGCCCGUUGAUGGAAUCCACUCGUUUACCAUCAGCAUGAGGUUGGCAGACAUGUCACUCUUUCUCUGAUCGAGAAAGAUUCGAUGGCAUCCCGUAAUCCUGAUACAGCCUUUCACGCACCUGCCCCGCCCACUAGAAAGGAAAAACCUCGGGCUCACUUGACGCUCGAGGGUCAUGAAGAUUGGGUACAUGGCGUGGCUGUCAUCCCUGGAACUCAUCUCCUCGUCACCGCCUCGUCUGAUAAAACUCUUCGACUGUGGGAUCUAGUCAAGGGGCAACAAGUUGG